AUGCCCUACUACGCAAAAUCCGAAGACUGGCUACACCAGUCUUCCCUCCUCCUCCAAGCCCGUCCUUUAACAACACGCAUCACAACCCGCUACCACCUCAAGCCCGCCCGACGAGUCCCCAAACCCAAAAAAUCCACCGACGCAGACGCCACCACCACAACAACCCCCCCAGCAGCACCCAAAAACCAACAACAACAACAACAAGCAGAAACCGACGCUAAGCCCCCGCGCGGCCACCUCGUGCUCAAGACCUACGACGCACACAGCGGCGUGACGCUCAAGUACAAGACCUCCAAGGCGGCCGAGGUGACGCGUCUGGUGCAGAUGCUGGGCACGCUGGGAAGGGGCAUGGCUGGGUUGGCUGCUACUACUACUGCUGCUGUUGAGAAUGUGGCAGGGGCAGGGGCUGGGGCAGGGGGGGAGGAUGAGGUUAUGGUGGAUGUGUCUGGUGUGUCUGGUGGUGGUGAGGUGGGGAGUGGAGCGCAGACUCCGGUUGGGGGUGCUACUGCUGGUGGGAAGGAGCAGCAGCAGCAGCAGCAAGGGGGUGGGGGUGGUGGGAAGAAGAAGAAGAAGGGGAAGAAGUAG